AUGUGUUCCGCAAGCCCCGACCCAUCGUCCCACUCGCCGCCUCCCAGAUAUCAAGACUUGAUCGAGAACCUACUCAGAAUGUUCACCAUCCUCUGGAACAUGGUUCUGCAAUCCGAUACGGCCAGAUAUUUUGAUCAAAUGUUAUCCGAACAACCCGAGCACUACCUUCAAGGACUCCACAACCUCUACAACCAACGAUCGGAUGCAAAGAUGCUCGAAGCCAACCGCAGCUUUUUGAAGUCGCUAGAGAGUCUACGCGACACGAACCAAAACUAUCUGAAUAACACACAGCCGGCGUCCGCGAAAUCUGUCACUUCACCUUUGCCAGCGCGACCGCCAACGCCUCUGAGACAAAAUUCAUUUCCAGUGCCGUCUCAACUCACGCGACAUGAUGAGCAAGAGUACGAUCUUGUGAGAGAUUAUGAUGUGGAAAGAUGUACGAAGAAGUUUGACAAGUUGGAUUUGAAUAGCGAAUAA